AUGCCUGAGUUUUUUGCUUCAUUACCUGACCAAGAGGAGGGAAAAGGUCCCGUGAGGCCAGAGAGGUCGUCCUAUCCGAGUAAAAAGAAGCUGCAUUUUCCCUUUCAGCACCGCGGCACAAUCAGACCUCAUGACGCGGCUGUGAACUUCCUCUGCUUUUCGCGCGACAACAACUACCUCCUUGCGGCCUCAUCCGACAAAACUGUUUCCCUCUCCAAUCCGCACACUGGAUGCCAUGUAGCGACCUUCAGAGCGGGUCCCACGGGCGGCCACGACUGCGUGGUGACGUGCGUCAGCAGUGGCUUCGGAAACAGGUCUUUCCUGUCCACUGGCUCAGACGGCCGGGCGUUUCUGUGGGACGUCGAGUCCCAGCAGGUGACCAAGACGCUGCCUAGACAUCGAGCUCCGCUCUUGUCUUUUGCUAGACGGCGUCAACGAGCGACCGCCUCGCGCACCUCGGGGGGAACAGCGGCCGCGGCGAGUGCUGCGGGCUCGGGGCUGCCCACGCAGACCAGCCGUGCAGCGACUCAGCCGGCGGCGUCGUUUUUCUCUCAUGUCGUGGUUCUCGCGGGCGAUGAUCGCGUCAUCCGCGUCUACGACAUUCGCAUGAACAACCGGCACGCGUGCGUCCAGGAGAUGCACGAUGCCAAAGACUCAGUGACGGGGCUGCUCAGCACAGGAGACAGUUUGCUGGCGUGCAGCGCCGACGGAUGUGUGUACGAAUACGACAUUCGCCAGGGGCGGCUCUACACGGACGAGGUCUUCCAACCGAUCACGAGCUUUUGCCUGUCCCGCGACGGCCAGAGCCUUCUGCUGUCGUGCAGCGACGGCCUGCUUCGCCUGCAGGAGCGGACGACGGGUGAGAUUGUGUUGGGGUUGAGCGGGCAUACGCAUCGCGAACAGUACCGCCUGGAGGCGCUGUUCACGCUGUUGGAUAUGUCGGCUGCGCACAGCGGGGGCGCGCACGAGCAGAGAACGGACGCGGGUGGCGGCCGUCAUGUCGGCGCGUCCUCCAGGCUGGGUAGACCUGGCGUGCCCCUGGGGGCCGACAGCGACUGGGACGACCUUGACGCAUGCCUAGGGCUCACGCCGCGCGACGACGGCCGCAUGCCGGAUUAUCGCAUGUGCGUUUUGAGCGGAAGUGAAGACGGGGCUCUCGUAGGGUGGGACCUCCAGCAGGCCGCGCUCGCGGGCGUCGAGUGCCCCGAAGCGGCGGCGGAGUGGAUGGUCAUUCGCCAACAGAUACACGGUGACGAAGAAGACGCCGAGGAGCAAGGCGCUUCGCGGAAAAAACAGGGAAAAUGUGGCGCUGCUCUGUCUCCUUAUCGAGGAAGAGCAAGGCUGCCUCGUUACCGGAGCUUCGGAUGGCCGAAUAAAGCUCUGGCAAAAACGCUGAACCCUUCAGCCAUGUGCAGUUAG